AUGCCUGGAGUUGGUCGCUCGACACGGCCAGGGUACGAGUCGCUCGCUCGGCAACCUCUAGUGCAAACGCGUCGCUUCCUCAACAUCAACGUGGCCGUCAUGGGACAUGUUGACGUCGGAAAAACCACGCUGGUGCGCUUCCUAAGCGAGAUACUGUCGACAGCGGCACUGGAUAAGCACCCCGCGAGUCGGGAGCUCGGUCGAACGAUCGACCUGGGGUUCUCGUGUACCCGACUGCCAGCGAGCCCAGUUGUGGUGCAACUUGUGGACGAUGAAGCAGCGUCUUUGGAGAAUGUUUCGUACGAGGGACUCCAACUGACCUGGAUUGACUGCCCCGGACAUGCAUCGCUGCUACGAACGGUGCUACUGGGGGCGAGCGUCAUGGACCUCCUGCUGCUUGUCGUCGAUGCCAGUGCAGGUAUCCAAGCACAAACCCUCGAAUGUCUUGCCCUCGCUGCGAUUUUCACCAAACACGUCGUGGUUGCGCUCCACAAAUGUGAUCGGGUGCGAGACCAGCCCGCAGUCCUGGAGGAGCGUCUCCAACAGUUGCAGGCCUAUGUGUCCACGAACCGGUGGUGGCUCCCGACACCGCUGGCAACGAUUCCUACCUGGAUCGGAACCGAUGCUCGGAGAACCGCAUUCGAAAGACACCAACAACACCAACAUUCCAUUUUGUUCCCCGCUGCUGAUAACGACGAUAUCGGGGGCGUUGUGGCCCUAGCACAGGCUGUGCAGGCAGCAGCCGAGCAGGCGCUCGCCAGUGGACUAUGGCAGGAGCGCCUCCGGCUCCAGCGGAAACCCUAUGCGCUAUUCGCAGUGGAUCACGCUUUUGAGGUUACCGGACAGGGCACUGUGCUCACGGGUAUUCUCCUGACAGGACGACUACGCAUCGGGGAGGUCAUUCACGCUGCGUUUGUGGGCGCGGGCGUCGCCAGCACCAAGAGCAGGAGCGAGGGCACCAAGAAACGCCUUAUUGCGGAUGCUCGUAGCGUCCGCUCUAUUCAGGUCUAUCGAUCAUCGGUCUCAGAAAUUGUUGCCGGCGACCGGGCUGCUCUAGGUCUCACACCUGGUACCAAAUCUGGCAGCCUUGCUCAAAAGAGCAAACAAGCCAGUGGCAACAAAACUGCCAGUCACAGGCAGCGUGCACCGCGAGACGCCUGGGAGCGAGGUCUUGUGUAUGCGCCGGCAAACCUGAUCGAGUUUUACCCGGUCGAGAAGCUGUUGAUGCGAGUGCAGCGGGUACUCGACAUGACUCAUCCAGGGGCAGCGCGAGGAGACGCGUUCUCCAUCGCGACAUGUGCCGAGCAUCACCCUGCACCAGGGCAGGUACCGUCGCUCUCACGCCAGUGGCAGUUGACCCUAGCGUUGACCACUGUUCCCGGCCGGGUGACGCACUGGCUCGCAGCUGCAGAUGCCGCCGGUGAAUACGAAUGCCUGGCGAGUGCCACGGAGGCAGACGCUAGCACAGCGACGUGCUCCGCAGAACGUACGCGUUUCGUGGUGCUGCGUCUCGAGAGGUGCAUUUUCUUGCCAUUUGAAUUAGGGAGGGGUGCGGCGGACGCCAGGCGACCAGUACCAUUGACGCCUUUUCAAGUCGCGCUUUUAUCAGAUGCUCACUGGGAGGCUGCAACGGCGGCUAGAAAAGCGAGACUGGAGCGCCGCGCCGGCCCAGACGGCGAAUCUCCCGACUUGCGACUACGCUUUGUUCUGGCUAUAGAGGCGGUUUUAUCGACGCAAAUGCCGACAACGACGCACUUGGACGCUGGAAGCGAGCGGCUCGCAUCCGUCGCUCGACAGAUCCGUGUAUACCGACGCAAAGAACGGAUAGGUCGCGUAGAGCGCUUUCUCCAGGACGGAGCCUGCUGCCUGGUACGAGACCUCUUCGAUCGCGACUUGCAGCACCCAGAGCGCAUUCUGGGCCUACGAGUGCGGCUGGAGUUGCUUACCGACAGCACAGCGCAGCCGCCUGGAUGCCCAGCGGAUACAUAUCGUCGGCAAGCAGUUCGAGCAUGCGUCUCGGGGCGCAUCGUCCGGACGUUUGGCCAGCGGGGCAAAGUUGUCGUGCAACUCGAGCGUCCGGUGAGUGCGACGACGUCCUCGACAGCGCAGUGGCUCGUUCGCCUGCGCUUCCGUCGACCCGUUUCUCUGGGUAUCCCGGAUCAGGAACGUGCACAUGAUCGCCACAGCUUCUAUCAAGCAGAGGAAGAGAUGACGAGUGUCUGCGAAGCGGCCGUCCAGUCGACCAGUGAGCGUAUCUGA